GAGAGAGUUGAAACUCUCUUCUUCGGUUACUCAACAUAAUCUUCUUCUAAAUCCUAAAGAAAAGAUUCUAAUUACCCAACUGGGGCAUGUGACUCAUGACAAAGACACACACCCUCCUCUGCUUUCCUUGUUUCUGUAUCAAUAUAAAUAUUUCUUAAACCCAAGUUCAAAUCAGCUUUCCAACUCCAAUAUUCCAAGUACUCAUUUGCUCUCUAUUUCUUUCUCCUUUUCCGGCCAAUUUUGAAGCUUUUAUGAGCUUUGAUAACAUGGCCCAGUUCAAUAUCGUACUCGUUUUGUCACUUUGCCUCAGUUUAUGCCUCUUACCUCAUCCCACAUCGGCUCAGCUUAAGCAAAACUUUUACUCCAAAACAUGUCCCAAUGUCGAAAACAUUGUCCGAAACGUUGUGCGCCAGAAGUUUCAACAGACCUUUGUCACCGUUCCUGCUACUCUUCGUCUCUUCUUCCACGAUUGCUUUGUCUCGGGCUGUGAUGCUUCGGUGAUGAUUGCUUCCUUUGGAGGAAACAAGGCCGAGAAAGAUCACCCAGAUAAUCUAUCAUUGGCUGGUGAUGGUUUCGACACUGUGAUCAAAGCUAAAGCCGCAGUUGAUGCGGUUCCCAGUUGCAAAAACAAAGUCUCGUGUGCUGAUAUUCUCACCAUGGCCACCCGAGAUGUUGUUGCUCUGGCAGGUGGUCCUUCUUACGCGGUUGAGUUGGGAAGGUUCGAUGGAAAAACUUCAACAUCAUCGAGUGUAUCUGGAAAUCUUCCAAAAGGUUCCUUCGAUGUGAACCAGCUAAACUCCAUGUUUAUCAAAAAUGGUUUAAACCAGACAGACAUGGUUGCUCUCUCUGCUGCGCACACCCUUGGAUUCUCUCAUUGCAACCAGAUCUCGAGCAGAAUAUGGGGUAGCAAAGUGGACUCCACCCUGAACAGCGCAUAUGCCAAACAGCUCCAAGCAAUGUGCCCAAGAAAUGUGGACCCCAGAAUAGCCAUCAACAUGGACCCAAGCACCCCCAGAACUUUCGACAACGUCUACUACAAGAAUCUUCAACAGAGAAAAGGUCUUUUCACUUCGGAUCAAGUCCUGUUUGAGGACUCAAGAACCAGGCCUACUGUCAAUGCAUGGGCUAGUAACCCCAACGCCUUUAACAAGGCAUUUAUUACUGCCAUGACUAAGUUGGGCCGAGUCGGAGUUAAGAAUAGUGGGAACGGUAAUAUUCGUCGUAACUGUGGUGCUUUCAAUUAAAGAACUACUGCAAACAUCGUCUCUCGCCCUCCAAAGGUUUGAAUUUUGGAUAAAAUAUCAAAUUUGACAAGGUUAAGAAUAACACGAAAAGAGAAAAGAAAUAAGAAACAGUGGAAAGGGAGAUUUAAUUGUAAGGAAGGUGUAAUUUUCGAUUAUUUUAUUAAAAAAGAAUAAAUGUAUUUCGUGGGUUUUGUUGUACAAGGAAUAAUAAUUGAUGACCGAGUGACGAUUUGUCAAGUUCAUAAAGGAGGUAAAGGACACAAGUGAGUGAAGUAACGACACACUUGGUUUCUUCUUCUAUUUUUGUUGUUGAAAUAUUACUAUUAUCAUUAUCAUUAUUUUUUAAUAAACAAGUCUCUCUCUCUUUA